AGCAGCGACAAAAUAACCAGCAGAUAUCAUUUCAGCCUAAAGCUGAAGAGGAAGAAGCAAGACAGAAGUUUGAUCUCUUAUCUGGAGUAAGUGGGUGAAAAGUGAAGGAUGACCUCGACUUGCAGAAGCCUUCAUGAACACUACGUCUCAAACAAAGAGAGGAGGACCAGCUGGAUGACGUUAGCUGUGGCGUUGGGCUGCCUGACUGUCCUGGGAGUUAUCCUUGCCAUCGCAGUGCUGGAGAGACCUCCACCUCCAAAAGAUCAUGAAACUCUUCCAGGAGAAGCAGAAGGAAGCACCUUCACUGACCAGUGCAGUAUGGCACUUGUAGAGAGCAUUCCUCUACAUAUUAAAUACAAAGACAAUGAAACAUUUGGGAUCCCACUGGAGCAGGUCUGGAAGCAUCUUCUCUUCAUAGCAACGAGCAGGGUGGAGGUGGCUUCCUUUUAUUGGACAUUAACAGGAGAGGACAUCAACGUGAAUUCUUCCUCUGACAUUCCAGGAAGAGACAUCUUCAAAGAAAUCCAGGAGCUACCCUCCAGGAAUGUGUCGGUCCGAGUAGUGUCCAGCGUUCCCACGGUCAAAACAAACUCCACCGAUUUGAAGAUCUUGAUACAAAAAGGAGUUAAAGUGAGGAAAGUGAACUUUGGUCGCUUGACUGAAGGUGUCCUCCACAGCAAGUUCUGGAUUGUUGACAGGAAGCAUGUGUUCAUUGGCAGUGCCAACAUGGACUGGAGGGCUUUGACCCAAGUGAAGGAACUGGGAGUGGUGGUCUACAACUGUUCCAGUUUAGCGUCAGACCUUCACAAAGUCUUCCAGUCCUACUGGGAGAUGGGACAAUCAAACAGCUCCCUUCCACAACCUUGGCCAGCAAAGUAUGACACCAACAUCAACAAACACCACCCCCUGCAGGUGAAGGAGGAGAAUAGCACCAGCAGCCUCUACAUAGCUGGUUCUCCACCAUCCUUCUGUCCUAAGUCGAGGACCCAGGACCUGGAGGCGAUUCUCUCCUCAAUCUCAGAGGCUCAGAAAUUUGUUGAUGUUGCCGUCAUGGAGUAUUUUCCCACCAUAUUCUUCGAAAAGCCCCAAAAAUACUGGCCGUUUAUAGACGAUGCAAUCAGGACAGCUGUGUUUGAAAGGAAGGUUAAGGUCAGGAUGCUCAUCAGCUGUGGGCGGGACUCUAAUCCAGCCAUGUUGCCUUUCCUUCAGUCUCUGGCCUCAUUGGACUACCCUCAUCAUCAUAUCCACAUCCAUAUAAAACUCUUCAUUGUCCCAGUGGGAAACCAGUCUGAUAUUCCAUUUACCAGAAUAAACCAUAAUAAGUACAUGGUGACUGAUAAAACUGCAUACAUUGGUACCUCUAACUGGGCGGGGGACUACUUUGUAACCACAGCUGGAGUUAGUCUGGUGGUUUCCCAGUCCAACGCUCACCCUGCAUGGAGCACCGACGCCUUGCAGAGCCAGCUAAAGGAAGUAUUCAACAGAGACUGGCACUCACAAUUCGCCGUCCACCUGGAUGAUCUCGGACACAAUCCGGAUUGUGCAUUAUCACAAUGAAUAAAUCAUUAGUGAAAGUUUUUACUUUUGCAUCUUCGCUAAGGCUGCAUGUCUUAAAUAUGAUUUUAACAAAUGUUUUAGAAAAAUGCUCUUCGGUCUAGUUAAUCCAUUCCUGAUUUUCAUUUCUAGUUCCAACAGUUUUUAAGAUGAACAUCUUGGGAAUUUAGUAGAAAAAAUGUUUGUGUGAAUCCAGUUGGUUAAGGUUAGGGUUAGUGGAGUCACUAAAAUGAAUGGAAGUCAGUGGAGGGCCACACAAACAAAUGUGUGUGUGUGUGUGUACGUGUGUGAGAGAGAGAGAGAAUGAGCGAGUAAUUCAUCACAUUUGUAAAACUUCAGUAUUGUAAUGGUGGCUAAAAGCCCCAUGCUGCCUUAUGGGAAGAGUUCUCUGUGUAGAAUUAAACAGGAUGAGUCUGGCAGGCCAGGCUAACACACAACUAUGAGGAGGAUGCAUUUUCUGUUGUAAAUGACAACAAAUGUAAAAGUUUAGUACUUUUCUAAUCAAGUCCAAUCGGUAUAAUCAAACACAGCUGGACUCUAAUAGGGGCAUCUCAAGGAUGAUGACAAGAAAUGGAUCGCACCUUUAAAUAUAGGAGAGUCACAGCAGAGGCCCAGUCUCAACACUCGCACUGCACCCUGUAGAGUAUCAACUAAUCGUCCUAAAAUUAAUUGAUUUCAUUAGAAAAUACACAUUUUCAGAAAAGGAACGUGGGCCUUUUCUCCCGCAACAAUGACUUGUGGGUAAUACCCUUGCCCGAGGUCCGCAUCGCUGCGGACUUGGGUGAAGUGGUGCAAAUUAAGGGUGCAGAGGAGGCAUGGUCAACUUCCGCACUUGAGAAUCGGGACACCCUUCGCACUUGCACACCUAAUGUUACACACAGAAGAGCUUUGGGUAACAAUGACUGACCGGCAACAGUCUGAUUAUUAUAUGACCACCUGUUGAUGUGUCUGAUUUAAUAACUUAUUAAAACUUUGAUUUAGAAAAUAUUCAUCAUAUAAUUAUUAUUUAAUUCAAUAACUAGAAAAUAAUCUCAAAUGUCUGACAGCCUGUUAGAGCCACAGAAGAAGAGCAUCCAGCUGCAACUCUGAGAAGUUAAAAUAAAACCCUGACUUAUUUUCAGAUGAAAACACUGUUUUAUGAAAACACAACUUGUGUGUGACCUCACUUGUAAUUUCACAAACAUGAAAACUCAUCAGUGAACAUUUACUAAAGAAGUUCAUCCUCAUUUUCUCCUACAUUUUCCAUUUUCCUUCUCUAUAUCUUUUUCUUUCCCAUUUGUCCAGAUGAUUCCUCAUGAUCAUUCAUGUAAAUGAAAAUAAAGAUAACUGAUGUCAGGU